AUGGCGUCCAGCUCACAGUCAAAGUACCAUAUCGGAUUCAAGCAGGGAACAAUCAAGUUGUUCGAACUGCGCAAUGUCUCGACUUGCUUGCAGUACCUGCUCCCGACGCUCAAGUCGCUGCCACCCACCUUCUCCCUCCUGGAUGUCGGCUGCGGUCCAGGCAGCAUAACCCUGGACCUGGCUCGACAUUUUCCCCAGGCCACCAUCAUCGGGGUCGACCAGAGCGCCGAGGUGACGGAGCGCAACCGGGCCAGCGUUGAAGAGCUCGCUCCCGGAACCCGUGUGGACUUCCGCCAGGGCGACGUGCUCAGGCCCGAGACAUUCCUCACCCCGGAGGAGAUGGAGGCCAAGUUCGACGUCGUCCACGAGCACACCACCCUCAUCUGCAUCCCUGAAAACGCCCCAGUACUUAAGCAGAUGCGGCUGUUGGCCAAACCAAACGGCGGUAUUGUCGCAUGUCGCGACGGUGACACCCAGUCGCAGGUGCUUUGGCCACCAUGUCCCGAAAACGCAGAGCUACAAGAGCGUAUCUAUAGAAUGAACGGUCUAGAAACGCAAACUGGCCGUCGCCUGAUUCAGAAAGCUCUGGCUGCUGGGUUCCGAAGGGACCAGAUCACGGCGUCGGCCAGCGUUUUGUCCAACAUCACGCCCGAGGAAAGGUUCGCGUACGCAGGUUCUAUGCUUGACAUCCUCGCCGAUGAAAAUUCUGAAUAUCGCCAAGCUGCCACCAAGUUUGGAUACACGGAAGAGCAGGUUGAGGUACUUCGAGCAAAUAUGCAACGGUUUAUCGACGCAGAGGACGCUUGGAGGCUGCUCAUAUGCACAGAGAUCAUCUGUCGGUUGGACGGAUAG